AUGAUAUUAAGGAGGGUUUUAACAAGUUUAAUUAUCUUAGAAUAUGCAGCAGAGGUUUGGACUCACGUUGAAAUAGAGGCAGAAGAUUAUUUUUUCCCUUUAGAGCCUGUUAUAAACUUCUGUAAAAUGGCUGAUCAAUGUCAACAUGAUUUCGUACCGAUUUGUGGACAAGAUUCUUUAGGCAUUUCCAGAAUGUUUAAUGAUAAUUGUGACUUAUAUGAAUAUAACUGCGAUGAGAAGAAACAGUAUCGCCAUGUCAAAAUAGAAGUAUGCAAGUAUGAAGCGGCUGCUGCACUUAGAAAUGAAAAU